UUUACGAACAAAGGAGCACCGGCGGCUCCACACUGGGGGACGCGCUGAAGAUGCUCUAAGGACACCUUCCAGGAGCGCAUUGUCUCCACAUCUUGUCACGAGCGGUCGAAUUCGGCUAAACGCUGAGUGACUCAGACAGCUGAGAGCGCGACUAAUUUGGCCGGAUAUGAUUUGAAAGUAAAAUUCGGCGAGCGCCUCAUCCAAACGUACAACACCGUGUUCCCCUAGGACCUGAACACACAACCUUGCGGCUGCGCUUCACCGGGUCUCGCGCACCACAGAGCGAUGCUUUCACCGGUAACGGCACGCCGUGCCCAGAAGGAGACGCCGGUCGUGAUCCUGCCUCCCGGGUCCGAGUUCUUGGAUCCACCACGGGUCUCCUCUCGAAGGUGCGGUAGCCGGCCGGCUUUCCACAGAGCACCCGCGUCACACAACUAAUGAAGGCCUUUUCGAGGGUCUCCUGAUAGAAGUCUCCAGUGCUAUUAGAGAGGAAUGAGGAAGGAGGGCCUUGGAUGCCCGCGCCACCAUCACCGCAUCUGUCAUGGAGAGGAUAAUGGCUCGGCGCGUCCCUGAAAGCGCCCCCGUCCCGCCGCCAUGACAACGUCAGCCCCUCUCGUCGCCCUGCUGCUCGCCCUGCUCCAGCUCUCCACCGCCACUUUCCCAGAGGAGACGGGACCCCUGAGCUCCCCGUCGCCUGAGGUGGUCCGGCGAUACCCGGUGUUCCUCGGACGGGCGCAUCGAUCAUCCACGAGGCAGGAGUCCCUGCACGUCCAGAGGAUCCUCAAGGUGAACCGCACCCUGUACAUCGGAGCCAGAGACGACCUUUUCCGAGUGGAACUGGACAACGUUGCGGGAGAUGAGAUGUUCUACAGCAAGAAGCGAACAUGGGAGUCCAACAAGAAUGACAUCCGCAUCUGCAGGAUGAAGGGGAAACACGAGGACGAGUGUCGCAACUUCAUAAAGGUCUUACUGAGUCGACCAGGAGGCCUGUUUGUCUGCGGCACUAACGCGUUCAACCCGCUGUGUGCCAACUACACUAGGGACACUCUGGACAUGGUGGGAGAGGUGGUGAGCGGAAUGGCGCGGUGCCCCUAUGACCCCAAACACGCCAAUGUGGCUUUGUUUGCCGAGGGGAGCCUCUUCACCGCCACCGUGACGGACUUCUUGGCCAUCGACGCUGUGAUCUACCGCAGCCUGGGGGAGAGUCCAGCCCUGCGCACCGUCAAACACGACUCCAAGUGGUUCCGAGAGCCUUACUUUGUGAGCGCCGUGGAGUGGGGCCCGCACAUCUACUUCUUCUUCAGAGAGAUGGCCAUGGAGUUCAACUACCUGGAGAAGGUGAUAGUUUCCCGGGUGGCUCGGGUGUGUAAGGGCGAUCUGGGCGGCUCCCAGCGGGUCCUCGAGAAGCAGUGGACCUCCUUCCUCAAGGCGCGUCUCAACUGCUCCAUCCCGGGCGACGCCCACUUCUACUUCAACCUACUGCACUCCACGAGCCCCGUGCUCCGCCUGCACGGCCGGGACGUCGUCCUGGGGGUGUUCUCCACCCCUCCUAACAGCAUCCCCGGCUCUGCCGUGUGCGCCUUCGACAUGCAGCAGCUCACCCUGGCUUUUGAGGGCCGCUUCAAGGAGCAGAAGUCUGCAGAAUCCAUCUGGACCCCGGUUCCGGACGAGCUGGUACCCAAACCGAGGCCAGGAGGCUGCGCCGUCCAGGGAUCCAGGUUCAACACUUCCACCGCCUUCCCAGAUGAGGUUCUGAACUUCGUGAAGACACACCCCCUGAUGGACGAGACCGUUCCUUCCCUGGGACAGACGCCCUGGAUCGUCAAGACCAUGGUCAGGUACCAGCUGAACACGAUGGAGGUGGACACAGAGGCGGGACCCAACCGGGAUCGAACCGUCCUCUUCCUGGGGUCCACCCGAGGGACCAUCCUCAAGUUCCUCAUCAUGCCCAACAAGAGCAACCCCAUCACCACCAGUAAUGUGUUCCUCGAGGAGCUGGAGGCCUAUGACCACGAAAGGUGUGGGGAGGACUCCCCACAGUCACGUGUGCCACUCUCCCUGGUUCUGGACCGGCCCGGAGCCUCACUGCUCGUGGCCUUCCCAUCCUGCGUGGUACGGGUUCCACUGGCGCGCUGCCAACUCCAUUCCAGCUGUAUGAAGAAGUGCAUUGCCGCGAGGGAUCCGUACUGCGGCUGGACUCGAGGAAACACCUGCUCGUUCCUCAGACCUGGGACCAGGCUGCCCUUUGAGCAGGACGUGGAGCGCGGGAACACCUCCCACCUCGGCGACUGCGAAGGAGUCCUGCAGAAGAGCUUCGUGGAGGAGACCGAUAGGCUGGUGUCCGUCAACCUGUUGGUGGCGUCGGCAGUCUCGGCAUUCGCCGCCGGGGCGGCUCUAUCGGGCCUCGUCGUGUGCUGGAUCAUGGGCCGCAAGCAGCGGCGCCGCUCCCGUGGCCCCAGGGGCCUCUCCGGGGGCCGACGGCGGGGGGACAAGGAGCAGUGCGGCGGCGCCUCCGUGAUGAGCGUGUCCCGCCCCGUGAGCGGCGACCGGCCCCGCCUCCAGGCCGACACCUUCUUCGUGAUGCCCAACGGCUGGGUGGACGCGGGCGACCUGGAUGCGGGGCUGCUGCCCACUCCGGAACAGACCCCCCAGCAGCAGAAACGUGCCCCCCCCGGGCUGCGGCGCGCCGACUCCGGGUGGGACCAGAGCCAGACGUUCCUGGGCUCCGCCGGGACCCCGUGCCCCCUGACCUCCUCCUCCAUCUACCUGAGUUCCAAGCUCCUGCAGGGGGGAGGGCGGCGGCACGACGACCUGGGGGGCCCCGCCCUCUCCGCCGAGCGGCAGCACUUCCUGGCCCAGAGAGGGGGCGUCGCGGUGCUGCGAAACUCGGCCGUCGAGUACCGCUACCCGGUCACGCCGCAAGGCUCCCCCGACCGCCGCAGGGUGGUGUCGGCGCCCAGCGCUCAGCUGGACUUUGGGGACGGCCUGCGCUGGACGCACGGGGGCUUCGGGUUCGACGGCGCCGGCGGGACCCCUUCCGGCCAGCCGCGCCCUGGGUCGCACCCCCACCCGAACCUGGCUCGCGGGCCGAGAGGAUACGGCGACGUGGCCGACCUCGGCCGCCUACUGGGGAGCGUGGUGAGUGAGCGGACUGAGGGCGGCCAGUGAGGGAGGGGCCACGCGACCGUCGUGUGCAGCGCGCCCC